AUGGUGACGGUCGGCAAGUCGCACCCGGGUGCUGACCCCGUCCAUCCUCUCCCCACCUCACCCGAUUCGGUCGGCGCCAACUCCCCGCCAUCAAAGAGAGAUUUAGCGUCAUGGUGGAAGCAGUUUAAACGGAGCACCAGAAAAGAUGAAUUGAAAGUAGAACCGCCUCGCGGCAUCUUCGGUAUUCCGCUCAAUGUCAGCAUCAAGUAUGCCAAUGUGGCAAUCUCCUUGACCAACGAUCACGGCCAGAGCUCCAUUUAUGGAUAUGUGCCCAUUGUUGUUGCAAAGUGUGGAGUUUUCCUAAAAGAAAAAGCAACGGAUGUUGAGGGCAUCUUUCGUCUUAAUGGAUCAGCCAAGCGUAUUAAGGACCUCCAGGAGGUCUUCGAUUCCCCCGAGCGAUAUGGAAAAGGACUCGACUGGUCCGGAUACACUGUCCACGAUGCAGCAAACGUACUUCGCCGAUACCUGAACCAGCUGCCCGAACCUAUCGUACCGUUGGAGUUUUAUGAGCGCUUCCGUGAACCCCUACGUAUCUACCAGCGACAGGUCCUAGAAGAUAAGGAGACGACCGAUGCCGAGAAGUUCGACCACGCGAAGGCCGUCGAGACAUACCAGAACCUCAUCAUCGAGCUGCCCCCGCUGAACAAGCAACUCCUCCUCUAUAUCCUUGAUCUUCUUGCGGUUUUCGCCUCAAAAUCCGAUCAGAAUCGCAUGCCGUCGGCUAAUCUGUCCGCGAUCUUCCAACCCGGCAUGCUGUCCCACCCCCAGCACGAUAUGUCGCCAGAGGAAUAUAAGUUGAGUCAGGAUGUGUUGAUCUUCUUGAUUGAGAAUCAGGAUCACUUCCUGUUCGGAAUGAGUGGCACGGCUGCCGAUGUGCAGACCAUGAAAGAGGUCGAGGGAGGCAUUCCACGACCUGCAUCUCACCCGACCGUCCGACGAUCGGUAUCCAACGCCAGUGCGAACACCGAAAGCCAUCGCAAGUUGGACAGUAUCCGACGAAAUGUCUCCGUUUCGUCGCGCAACUCCCGGCACUCUAACACCGCCCAGAGCCCUGUUACUCCCACCUCGAUCACCCCCGGUGGUGGUGGCGGUGGUGUCCAUCGAAGCAAUACUUUGCCCUCAAAGAUGGGCCCCGUCUUGACUUCUGCCCGUUAUUCACGAGCCAACGACACUGGCUCGAACAACCCUUCCGGCCUUGCUGUGUCCCAUCAGAGUUCCCAGUCGACUAGUCGAACGCCAUCAGUGCGUGAAGAGCCUGAGCAGCCUGAGCAGCCUCAGCCAAUCCCUGAGUCGGUCUCUCAUCCGGCUCCUCGGCCAGUCCCUGAGCAGCCCCAGCCGAUCCCUGAGUCGGUCUCUCAUCCGGCUCCACGACCAGUCCCUGAGCAGCCCCAGCCGGUCCCUGAGUCGGUCUCUCAUCCGGCUCCUCGGCCAGUCCCUGAGCAGCCUCAGCCGAUCCCUGAGUCGGUCUCUCAUCCAGCUCCUCGGCUAGUCCCCGAGCAGCGUCCUGAGCAGCGUCCUGAGCAGCGGACCCCUAGUCAGUCAACUAGCUCAUUGACUCCAGGCGGCGCCUAUGUGCACACGUCAACCCAUGGUCCGUUGCCUCCGGCAACUGCAGAACGUCUUAGUCUUCACGAAACUGCCAGGCCGCAUGAGAAUAUCGACGCUUCGAUUCCCUCACCUCCCGUCGCUUCACCCCCACAGGUUGUCACCCCGAGCCGUGAACGCAAACUUUCAAAUUUCUUCACCAAGUCACCGCCAGCUGAGAGUGAACUGAGAGAACCACGGCAACCUAAUCGCUUGAAGAAGAAGCGCAUUCCCGGUAGUGCAAGCAUGAGCGCACAAAGCUCGGCCACCUCACUCCAUGCCUCGAGUGUAGAUCCCAGUGCGGAUCUUGAACCUAGACACGACAACCGGUCCGUGGAAGCUGCUCUUGGUGACACCACUCCGAGACCGCCAAAUACUGCGACACUCGGCAACCGAGAGAAUACUUUUGACUCGAACCCGGCUCUCACAGAGAGUACUUCGCAACCUCACACUGACCACUCGCUGCGACCUAACAAGUCGCGCACACCCUCCAUGAACUCACGUUCAUCGUUCACCGAUCAGUCUGACAUGGAUCAGCCUGAUGACGCCUCUCGUCAUGAAAAUCGUCGUAGUUGGCGGUUCCAUCGGUCGUCCAAGCGCACUAGCGAGCAACUUGGACUAGGUUUCGCGUCUCCGCCCCUGUUGGCGACGAAUCCACGAGCCGAACAAAGCACUAGUUCAAUCGGCAGCGGUCACUAUCAAAGCACGGACCUCUCCAGCCACCCACUGAGUUUGGAUGCUGGCGUUCAAGGCACUUCUUCCACGGGAUCCGAGCAUGAGAAGAAGAGUUUGUUUGGAAAAUUCAAGGCCAAGGUCGCUCAGGUUGUCAAAGAUGAGCGUGAGCGCACAAAGAGCCCCACCCGGUCGGAGGACGACCCUUCCCUCACCACCCAGCCCCUUUCUCCUAUUGCCACACAGUCGACAAAUGGCAACCCUGCCUCGGUGGAAGUCCCACGUGAACAGCCCAAGGAAGAGCAUAUGCGUUCGCCCGCAUCUCCCUUGCCUGGCGCUGGCCUUCCUGCAUCCAUCCCCGAAGAACCGCAUAUCCCCGAGGCGUCUACGGCCACGGCCGUCGUUGAAGAGAGCCCCUCGGCUCAACUUCCCGCUACCGAGCCCGUGCUGGCACCAGAGCCAACAGUGUCCCAUGAAAUCCCGAAAGAGAUCGCAGGACCGUCCACCUCGGCUGCUUGA